AGGAAUAUUGGCACAUUGGCGACUGCAAACCAAAUCAAUAUGAAUCUAAUGGAUAUAUCAUUUGAUACUUACAACCCAGAUGCGGUUCUUGAAAGUGACUCCACGGAUGGUGUGAGCGCGGAACCAAUCGAUGGUUCAUUGAGAGAGAAGAAAUCAAGCUGCGACGGUGGGGAUGCUUUGGAUGAUGUCGAAAGUGACCUCUCUCUGCUUCUUUUAUAG